UUUAUUUUACUGCAACGUUUCAUUUUUCCCCCGGGUGGCUGGGAUCAGAAGAAUUAAUUCCCUCCCUUUUGCUCUGCCGUUCCUCUCUCCCAACAUGGAUAAUUGGAUUCCGAUUCCGAUUCCGAUUCCAGAUGGGAAUAAUCCUUCUUUUUCCUGUUUCCCAAACAACGGAAUUAGUUCAAUUUAAUUGUUAGAUGUCUGCUCCUCCACCUUCUCAUCUUGUUGUGUCAGUUGUAACCUCAUUGCCAACUUGUAACCGCACAUUUCCAAAUUUUUCAUCAUCAGAAUCAGAUUCUCUGUUUUCGCCAUUUCCACUCAACUCCUUCGCUCUCUCCCCGAGAUGCCUAUUUAGUUCCACCAUGCGAAUUCCCAAGAAACCCGUUGCCUUUUGCCUCUCCCUCUUCUCCCCAGACUUUCCCGCUCCUUUUUCCUCCCGGAUUCUUCGUCUCUCCCCCGGAUUUCCCGUCAAAAUUAAAGCUAUCCACGCUGCAGGUGUUACAUGGAGCAUAUGUUGGAAGAUUCUUAGGCUCGGAACAUAACGUGGUGCACUGUGUGAUCUUUUGAUUUGACACCUAAGGGGCUAAUCAGUGGCACGCCCAUUACUCAAUGGACUAUAGCCCUAGUACCAAGUUAGGUGACAAAGCAUUGCAAUCUCAUCUCAUGGACAACAGCAAUGGUGGUGAGAAUCCAUGUGUAUGGUCAUCUCCCGAAGGAGGAUGUAAAAUUGACAUAGGAAAACAGAUUUUCUGCAACAGAUCAUUGAAUAUGAGGAAUAUUGUUGCGGUUGGCUUUGAUAUGGAUUAUACAUUGGCACAAUACAAACCUGAGACUUUUGAGUCCCUUGCAUAUGAAGGCACAACCAGAAAAUUGGUCUAUGAUUUGGGCUAUCCUCAAGAGUUACUGGCAUGGACAUUUGAUUGGAAGUACAUGGUUAGAGGCUUGGUUCUAGACAAAAAGAGAGGCAACAUCUUAAAGAUGGAUCGGCAUAAGUAUGUGAAAGUUGCAUACCAUGGGUUCAGAGAGUUGUCCAAAGAAGAUAAAGUUGGAACCUACGGCAAUACACUCAUACGAGAUUCUUUUGAUGAGCCAGAUUAUGCCCUUAUUGAUACACUCUUUUCACUAGCUGAAGCGUACUUGUUUGCUCAACUUGUUGAUUUUAAGGACAAUAAUCCUGGAAAAGUUCCAGAGGGUGCUGAUUACUCUCGCAUGUACAAAGAUGUUCGGGCUGCUGUUGAUUUGUGCCACCGGGAUGGAACCUUAAAGCGAAUGGUUGCAAAGGAUCCUAAAAGGUAUAUCAACGAGGACACCUCAAUAGUACCUAUGCUCAAAAUGCUAAGAGAUUCUGGCCGUUCAACAUUCUUGGUGACAAAUAGCUUAUGGGACUACACAAAUAUUGUAAUGAAUUUUCUCUGUGCAUCCCGUACAAUGGAUGGUGGCAACAAAUGCAAUUUUGAUUGGCUCCAAUAUUUUGAUGUUGUCAUCACUGGCAGUGCCAAACCUGGCUUCUUCCAUGACAACCGUGCCAAUCUUUUUGAGGUUGAACCUGAGUCUGGAAUGCUCCUCAAUACUGACAAUGGAACUCCUAUGCCUCAGGUGGGAAAUACUUCACCAAAUGUGCAACCAAAGGGAUUAAACAAAAGUUGUCGAGUCUUCCAGGGAGGCAGUGUUGGUCAUCUACAUAAGUUGCUCUCCAUAGAGUCAAGUUCACAGGUUCUUUAUGUUGGGGAUCAUAUCUAUGGAGAUAUUUUGCGCAGCAAGAAGGUUCUUGGAUGGAGAACGAUGCUUGUUGUUCCAGAGCUUGAGAGGGAGGUUGAAUUGCUUUGGGAAUCAAGAAAUAUGCGGAAGCAACUAAGGAUGUUGAGGAAUGAACGUGAUCUCAUUGAAGACCAUAUUCAUCAUAUGAAAUGGUCUCUCAAGUUUGAAAGUCUUCACGAUGAUGAAAAGCAGAAGACGACUUCCGCUCUGCAUGAACUGGAGUCUCAAAAAGAUCAAGUGCGACUUGCUCAUCAGCAGGCUCAACGGGAGUGUCACCAAAAGUUCCAUAAGAUCUGGGGACAACUCAUGAAGACUGGCUAUCAAAACUCCCGCUUUGCUCAUCAAGUUGAGAGAUUUGCCUGCCUUUACACCAGCCAAGUUUCCAACUUAAGCUUGUAUUCCCCAGACAAAUACUAUAGACCAAGUGAAGAUUUCAUGCCACACGAAUUCCAUAUUCUUCCCUUGUGAAAUCUGUUCCCAGCCUGAUAACUGGAGGUGUUGCAUUUCAGAAAGAAGCAAAAUAACUUUUCUUUAGGGAUUUGAAGGUGUAAAAGAAAAGCCUCAACAUCAUCAUUUUCUUCUUGUCCCUCAAUCAAUGGAUUCAAUGUAAUUAGAUUUGCUCAAUUGUAUUCUCACUUGACAGAAAAAAGAUGCUUGUAGCCAUCUAUCCUUGAUUGUAGAUAUCUCUUUGAUUGUACACCAGACCUCACCCUGAUCAUGAAGUUCGAAAAAUGGUUGCUUCCCUUUGGUGGAAAGUUCAUAAAUCA